UUUGUUGCACUUCCACAUGGAAAUCCCUUCUGCACGUUUCAUUCGUAAUCCUUCUUACUGCCCCCCCUUUUUGUGUCGCUUUGAAAGAGUUGAAUUACGCCAAUGUCAGUGCUAAAUGCUACACUAUACUAUAUCGUGCGCAUGCUGAGGCUGUGCGAUUGCGAAAGGUUGUGCACGGAUCAAAAGGAAAGAGAAUGAUGAUAUUGCCAGCAUGUUGUCUGUCUCUUGUACUUCCUUUGUGUUACUUAGAGUAUGUCUAUUUAAAGCACCAUUCUCCCUUUCCCUUCUUCUUCCUUUCUCUCCACAACCACACAUUACAAUUUAAGCAAAAAUGGGUUUCUUUGACAGCGAUAGCCACCAAGAAGUUUACAACGGUCAACCUCAUGAAGGUAAAUGGAGCCACGAAUUAGUCGGUGGUGCAGCCGGUUUCGCAGCAAUGCGUGAAUACGAAAAGUAUGAAGAAAGAAACGGCAAGCCUGAAAACCAUCAAAUGGCCAAAGAACUUUUGGCUGGUUUUGCCGGUGCAGAAGUUGACAAACUCUUUGAAACCAAAGGUUUGAACUUCCUUGACCGCGAAAGAGCAAAGCGUCAUGCUCAAGAAGAAGCUCAAGCCAACUUCAACUACUAAGAUGAUCAUCAUCAACACUCACUUGUAGAGGAUCAGUAGAUUAGCUUUUCAUCUCAAUGUGAUUAUGAUAUCAUAAAAUAUACAGAGUGAGAAUGGUACAAUAAUGUUUGAUCGUUGAAGUCGUCGUACAAUAAAACACACAUACAGCCAACCCUAAUAUCAUUCGAAUCGCAUAACAAGAUAGCAUUGAGUUCCAUUAAACAAUAAAGACAUUCACCUCAUUUACCCGUUGCCCAAGAGAACCAUCCUUUUGCUUUUUGUGCGAUUGCAUCUUGAUCACUUUUUGCUCUUUCUGCUUUUUUUAUCAUUUCUUUUCUAACUUCUUCUUCUAGCUGCCUUCUAACAUCUGCUUCCAAUUCUUUUUGUUCACGACCGUCCAAAUAUUGCCAUGU